CCACAGACUGUUCAAAACAUCAUGACUCACAGUUUCCUGAAAGCUUCAGAGUUACCCCACCUGUACACGUCCAUCACCAUCACCCAGCACCAAGACUCCAGACUGAGCGUCCAGACCAGAAGAAAACAUCUCCAAAACAUCUCUCCAGCACUUCAGAGAACAUCCAGAAUGGGUUCCUCAGGAAUUCACAUCGUAUGUGUUGGGCUGGGCAUUUUAGGCCUCAUCGGCGGCAUCAUGGCCUGUGUCCUGCCCAAUUGGAAGGUGUCGUCCUUCACCGGGCAGAACAUCAUCACUGCACAGAUUCAGCAGGAGGGUCUGUGGAUGGACUGUGUGGUGCAGAGUACAGGUCAGCAGCAAUGUAAGGCCUACGAGUCUCUGCUGAUCCUGAGCUCUGACCUCCAGGCAGCCCGUGCCAUGACCAUCAUAUGUUGCAUGCUGACUGUGAUAGGCUUGCUGGCACUAUUCGCUGGUGCUGACUUCACCACCUGCAUCGAGAAUGAAGACAUCAAGCCCAAAGUGUGCCUGGUGGCCGGCGUGGCCCUGCUCCUCUCCGGCCUGCUCCUCAUCAUCCCCGUCAGCUGGUCUGCCAACAACACAGUCAGGAACUUCAACAAUCCGCUUAUCCUUGCCUCCAACCGCAGGGAGCUGGGGUCUUGCAUCUUCAUCGGCUGGGCCGGCGGAGUGCUUCUCCUGUUGGCCGGAGGCUUGCUCUGCUGUUUCAGCCGGCCAUGCUCCGGAAGCUCCGGAGGCACCGCCAAAUAUUACAGCAACAACGCUUCUGCCCCGAGCAAAAACUAUGUCUAGAGGGGCAAAUUUAGGGUCUAAAGGUGGUGAUUCAACUGCAUUGUUUAUAAUAAUAUUCAAUAUAGCACCCAUUCAUUUUUUUGGCUAAGGUAGAAUUCUUAGGCUAUUUUCAAACAUAAACAUCCAAAAAUGUGUUUGAUUUUUUUAAAACAAUUCUGAAUCAAAUCAAAUGCAUUGAAUCGUUACCUAAAAUCGUGAGGUCAUGUGCUUUGGAUGGAAAUUAGGUAAGAGUAGUGCUGGUUCUGGAUUCCCCCUGCCCUGUAUAUUGUAAUACUUUCCUGCUCUAAAGCUAUGUUCACAUUACAAGCUGAUUGUGAUUUUUUUGCUGAAAUCCAAACUUAUAGUUCACAUUUGUGUGAAUAAGCCAUUCAUAUUUUGAUCAACAAUUUAAUUACUGGAUUUAACAGGCCUUCGUCCACUUGGCCUCUCCAUUUCCCCCUCAGAUGUUUAGAUGAGGCCUUAAAGGGGCGAGGGAUUGAGUGGACACAAGUGUCAACUUUAGCAGCAGAACCCGAAAUCACUGAGACGUGACAAAGUUCCCUUUCAAACUCUUUUCAAAAUGUGGACCAAUCUGUAAGACAUAUCAUUAAACUUCUUUAAAAUACUUCAUAAUCAAAACCACAUCAUUGGUUCUGCAGGCCUUUAGGUUGCAAACCUCUCCAUCUGUUCUACACAACUGCUGAUAGAACAUCACUUUCCUCUGCUAGCUUGCCCAUUAGCAUGCUAAAGGCUGCACAGCUAACAACAGUGCAAAUAAAAACACCUCAUUGCAGUGCAGUAUUAAAGCUUACAGCUAACCAAGGCAAUUAUUCUCAAAUUUUAUUUAUGUUCAAAUUUGUCAAUAAAACUUAAAAAUACCUUGAAGAUACCUGACUAAUUAGCGCAACGAAGACAACCUAGCCAAGCACAAGUUCCUUCCCAUUGAACAUCAAAGUCCACACUGUCCAUCUCUUCCCCUUGAACUACGCGGGGCCACUUGGGUAACAAAGGCGUGGUGAAUUGAAGUUGUUAAUGUGAACCUUGCAAACAGAUCAAUAAUGAAAGACGUCAUGAACGACAACAAACCAACUAGCAGAAAAAGGCUUUGUCACAAAGAUACCUUGCUCUGAACACAUCUCAGACAUUCAUCAUCACUUCACAAAGUUAAGGAUUGUUAAAUAGGACUGUCAUAUUGGAUAGUCUUGACUUUAGGCUUAAGUUAUUUGGCUAAAUAGAAAAAUCAGACAUUGUGACUGUUCUCAUUAAGGUUGCGUGGCCGUGAAUCGGGUUUGUAUCCAAUCUAGGAGCACAUAUGAAAGCGAGUCAGAUCUAAAAAUAUCAGAUCUGUCACAUCAAGGCAAAAAAAGCAGAUUAGUGCCACUUUGGCCAGGUAAUGUGAGCACCAAUGCACAGGACAUGGGGACUCUAUGACCAGAGAUGGGAACAUAUAGGAUACAGGAAACUCAAGCAUUCAAAAGAAUAAAUAAAAGCACAGAGAUUUUAGGAUGGAGAAAUGAUGAUCUGUAAAUAUAUAUAUAUCAGGGAAAAGCUGCAGCGUAUGUUUACUUUCGUUUAUAUGUUUAUAUUUUUCUGUACUUUGCAAAUCACUGCUGUCAUGAGAGAACAUGACUCACAAGCUGUAUUUGCCUCCUCCUCAUGCUCUCUAGGUAGGGCUAAACAUAGUAGAGCCUUUAAACUACACAAGGUGGACGGUCCAUGUUUUCUUUUCUCCUGGUUAGCUGGUGUUUUGGAUGAGGACUGUUUUCCCGGGACAGCAGUGUGUAAUGCUAUAAUUUCUGUGCUAUAAUUUCCACAUCCUUGUUUGGACUCUUCAGCCUGGAGGUGCGGGUAAAUCUGUCCAUUUGAGCAGCUAACAGCAACACAAGCAACAAAAUGGCCAGCGAUAAUUAAACGCCUGCAAUAGUCACAUGCUCUCCACACCCUACUGCAGGUGGUCAUUUAGCACACUGGUCAGAGAGUUUGUGUACAAAUGUAACCUCAGGUCAAAUACAUUUCAGUUACUGCUAUAUUAGUAAGGACUAAAAUAACUAAUCUUUUCAAGUCAUAAUUAGCUACAUUUAAUGUUGUUUUGUAAUAUGUAGAAAUUAGAAGACAACUAAGCAGACUAAUGUUUUUUAAGAAUAAAUUCAUGAAUUGUACAAUGAAAAAAAUCAAGAUAUUUUGUAUGUUGAGUUGAAAUAAUUGGCCUCAUUUUGUAUUUGUAAUAAAACAUGUCAUCAUUUGAG